UUUUCAGUCUUGUUUUAGCGGUUGAGCGAGUGUGAACGGCGAAGCAAAUACGCAGAAUUUGGUUCUGAUGUGCGAAGAAGAAAACUGAGGAAAGAGAUCAAGUUGAAGAAGAAUAUUUCUUUCAACCUCAUUUUAACAAGUUUAAUCUUCUUUAUUCGCUCCGAUGAUGGACGAUCUUACAAAGAAUAUCAUAUUUACUACAAAUACAAUAAAUGCCAAUGGCCAGCCGACUACAAUACAGUAUCAAACAGCUGAUGGCACAAUAUUGAAGCAGCCAAAAAUAGAAGGGCAGAAAGCAGAACAGCCAACAUUUUAUUACACCACUACUAAUGGAGGCCCUGCAACCACCGUAAAUCUGGCCCAACUAACCACCGACGACAACAAAACAUGUUACAUUGCCCAGCCUGUUGGUGGCUAUAACUACGCGCUGGUGAAUGGUAUGCAGCUUAACCAGGGCGGUACCAUCGGCAUAGCCACUUUGGAUGCACAAGGACGUUUGCAGAUAGUCAAUCAAAAUAAACCCAUUGCUGCUUCUUUGCAGACCAUUUCACCUAUUCAGAACACCAUAUCCAAUAUCAGUUUCAAAUGUGAUGUGUGCGGUUUAAUGUUUUCACACUUGGCAUUGUUGAAUCACCAUAAACGUAUACAUACGCAGGAUGGUAGUGAUCAGCAACAGCAGCAACAAACGCAACCAGAAACGAUAGUUGUGAACGCACAGGGAUUAGUGCAGACGCAAAACAUAAUAACAGAAAAUGGGCAAAUGGGACAGAUACAAAUUGUGGCGACCGAAGCGUUGGAGCCCGCCACAACCGUCUUACAGCAACAGCAACAACAACAACAGCAGCAUAAUAAUACUGUUACCAAUGUUACAGCACAGAAUUCAGGUGGUGAAGUAGCCGUGAGUUCUGGAAGCAUCGCGGGUUUAAAAUCGGUGAAGCUCACACAAUCCAAAUGUAUUACAUGUGGCAAUCAAAUGUUGCAACCUGCUAAACGCAAAGGUCCGAAGUUGGUGCGUUGUGAAGAUUGUAUACGUUCAGACCAAGAGAUCUCCACACAACAAGGAAUCUCACCCACACAAAUAUUCGUUGCACAAGAUGGUGAGAUAAAAUGCGAAAUAAAUGAAUUUGUAGGCGGUGGUAGUACGGACUCUUCCCCAAUGGAUUCGCUCACAUCGCAAAGUGGUAUGUUGACGCAUCACCAGUUACAUCCAGUGCAGGUUGUGUCGGGGAGUCCAGAGUCUCAACAAAGCUCCCAACAACCAAAUAUAGCGCCGAAGCAAGAGCAAACAAGUGGCCAAUCUACUGCGGUCAGUAAUCACCCAGUGAAGAAACGGAAUCAACAACAGGUGACAAAGUGUCAAAAGUGCAAUGGAUCUGGUGUAGUGUUUGUGGGUACAGGUACGCCGGCGACUAAGCAGCAGGCUGUUAAUGCAAAAACAGAAAAUCCCAAACCAUUCACAUGCAACAUUUGCGGAGGCACAUUUUCACGUUAUUCGAGUUUGUGGUCACACAAGAAAUUACAUAGCGGAGAAAAGAAUUAUAAGUGCACCAUUUGCGGAUUGGCUUUUGCUAAAGCCGUGUAUUUGAAAAAUCACGCAAGGAUACACACCGGUGAAAAGCCGUACAAAUGUCAAACCUGCGGCAUGCAGUUUUCACAAUCACCACAUCUCAAGAAUCACGAACGUACACACAGUGGCGAAAGGCCAUACGUGUGUGAAGUGUGCGACAAAGGCUUCGCGCGCCACGCUACACUGUGGAAUCAUCGGCGCAUACACACGGGUGAGAAACCGUACAAGUGUGAAAUUUGCGGCUCGGCAUUUUCACAGGCGGCACAUUUGAAGAAUCACGCCAAGGUGCAUUCCGGCGAGAAACCAUUCCGUUGCGACAUCUGUUCGGCGGCGUUUGCUGACCGAUUUGCGUUAAAGCGGCAUAGAGGCAUUCAUCUUAAAUAUGGACAAACUGCACCGCGGCAACCAGCGCAAUCACAACAGCAACAGUCCACAGAUGGCCAAACUGUAAUGAUACACAAACAGGAAAUGCCCGAAAUGGAGGAUGACGCGCAACAUGAAGUUAUCAUAUCAGGCUUAUAGACAAAAGCGGCAACAGCAACAGUUGCCACAAACGCAAUUAUUGCUGCGCAGAGGUAUCAAUUGCAUACGAGCAUUACUUCAACAACCCCUACACUUACGGCGACAACGACGGCGAAUACGACGCUGACAGCAGGACAUCAACAGCAAUCACCACCAAACAUGCAGCAACAAACAACAAUUACACUACCACCAACAGCACAACCGCAGCAACAAAGCGCAGUGGGUGGUGCUGCAAC